AUGUGGAGUGCUUACGACAAGAAAGUACUCCUUGUCACAGGGGGUACAGGAUUUCUGGGGACAACCCUCCUCUAUCGCUUGCUCACUGAAGCGUCUCCGGCUCAAGUCUACGGUCUCUUUCUUCGGGCGGCAAACCCGAUAGCUGUUCUGGACGGGGAUAUUACUCAGCCCCGAAUGGGUCUUUCAGAGUCAGAGUGGAAGAAACUCGAAGAAUCAGUACACAUCGUUGUUCAUGCAGCAUCAUCGAUCAAUCUUUUGAGUAGGCUUCCGGCAAUGUCAAAGUCAAUCACCAUCCCCACCGUAUCACUGGCAGAAUUAGCACUUGAUUUUGUGAAUCUCGAGCGCUUCGUCUAUAUUUCAACCGCGUAUUCCAACUCGUAUCUCUGGAAGCCACAAGCCCCGGCUGCGGACGUGGUUGUGAGAGAGAGAAUCUACCCUCUCGGUGGGGACACGGAGGACUGGGCUCAAUCCGCUCUGAAGGCAUGGGAGGAAAUCCAAGCUAGGGCCAGCAGCACUGAGUGUGAGUCGCAAGGCCUUUCCCCCUGGGCCUAUGGGUAUGCCAAGCAUCCCACAGAACCUAUGAUUAUCCCUGACCCUGGACACGAGAUCGUCUUCAAUUCUCGGCUCAAGGAUCCUUGCCACGAAGCCACAUUGGAUGAGCUCCCCAUUGAUGUGGUUGCCGACCGCCUGUGGGCUUAUCUGGCUCUGGGCACCACGGAAUUUGUGCAUGCUGUUAGUGGGAAAGCCCUCCGGUGGCACCGCAAGGACUGGUGGCCGGUCAUCAUGAAGGAGAGAGUGCUUCCCUGGAAGCCCGGAAUGGUUUUUGAGGACUUGGAUUGGCAAUCACCGAGGCUGCAUCCGGCUGCUCGCCUGGGGGGCGUCGUCGGCACGUCGUUCGAUUUCGUCGAGGAUAAGACCCGACUUCUCGCAGAGUUGCUGAACACGCAAGAUCAUCAGCUUUGGCUCUUCACCAAGCCACGGGCUUUCUCUUUCGGCGCGGCACGCGACUACAUGCGCGCGCUGGUGCGGGCCGAAUCAGAGCGGGAAGUAUUGGAGAAGUGUUCCGGAACCUUUUGGUCGAGCCUUGGACCACCUCUUCUCCGGCCAUACCACGAAUCACUAUCAUUUAUAGCCAAAGAAGUCCAUCUAAGGUAG